CGCAUCCUCCUCCAGGUCCUGGCGCGCAGGGUGGGAGCGCCGCGCGGCUCCGCGCUGCGCAUCGCGGCCCGCUUGCCGCCUGCCCCCUGCCCUAGCUGGGCCGCCUCCCCGGGCUGCAGGUGGAGGGCUACGAGGCGCUAACGUUACGCUGUUUCCGGUUUUCUAGCGGGCUCUGUUUCCCCUCCCAAGGCGGCGGCGGCGGAGCGGCGGAGCCCCCCAAAUGGCCUGGCCAGAUGCGGCAGGUUUGCUGCUCAGCGCUGCCGCCGCCGCCACUGGAGAAGGCUCGGUGCAGCAGCUACAGCGACAGCAGCAGCAGCGGCAGCAGCAGCGGCAGCAGCAGCGGCGGCAGCAGCAGCGGCAGCAGCGAGAGGAGCAGCAGCAGCAGCAGCAGCAGCGAGAGCAGCAGCAGGAGCAGCAGCAGCAGCAACAGCAGCAUCUCCCGUCCCGCUGCGCCCCCAGAGCCGCGGCCGCCGCAACAGCCGCAGCCCCGCAGCCCCGCAGCCCGGAGAGCCGCCGCCCGCUCUCGAGCCGCAGCCGCCGGCGGCAUGAGGCGCGACCCGGCCCCCGGCUUCUCCAUGCUGCUCUUCGGUGUGUCGCUCGCCUGCUACUCGCCUAGCCUCAAGUCGGUGCAGGACCAGGCGUAUAAGGCACCCGUGGUGGUGGAGGGCAAGGUACAGGGGUUAGCCCCGGCCGGCGGCUCCAGCUCCAACAGCACCCGAGAGCCCCCCGCCUCGGGUCGGGUGGCGCUGGUAAAGGUGCUGGACAAGUGGCCCCUCCGGAGCGGGGGUCUGCAGCGCGAGCAGGUGAUCAGCGUGGGCUCCUGUGCGCCGCUCGAAAGGAACCAGCGCUACAUCUUUUUCCUGGAGCCCACGGAGCAGCCCUUAGUGUUUAAGACGGCCUUUGCCCCCAUCGACACCAACGGCAAAAACCUCAAGAAAGAGGUGGGCAAGAUCCUGUGCACUGACUGCGCCACCCGGCCCAAGCUGAAGAAGAUGAAGAGCCAGACAGGACAGGUGGGUGAGAAGCAAUCACUGAAGUGUGAGGCAGCAGCGGGCAACCCUCAGCCCUCCUAUCGCUGGUUCAAGGAUGGCAAGGAGCUCAACCGCAGCCGUGACAUUCGCAUCAAGUACGGCAACGGCAGAAAGAACUCACGACUACAGUUCAACAAGGUGAAGGUGGAGGACGCUGGGGAGUAUGUCUGCGAGGCUGAGAACAUCCUGGGGAAGGACACGGUCCGGGGCCGGCUCCAUGUCAACAGCGUGAGUACCACUCUAUCAUCAUGGUCGGGGCAUGCCCGGAAGUGCAACGAGACGGCCAAGUCCUAUUGUGUCAAUGGAGGCGUCUGCUACUACAUCGAGGGCAUCAACCAGCUCUCCUGCAAGUGCCCUGUGGGAUACACCGGGGACAGGUGUCAGCAGUUCGCAAUGGUCAACUUCUCCAAGCAUCUUGGAUUUGAACUAAAGGAAGCCGAGGAGCUGUACCAGAAGAGGGUCCUGACUAUCACCGGUAUCUGCGUGGCUCUGCUGGUCGUGGGCAUUGUCUGCGUGGUCGCCUACUGCAAGACUAAAAAACAGCGGAAGCAGAUGCACAAUCACCUCCGGCAGAACAUGUGCCCAGCCCACCAGAAUCGGAGCUUGGCCAACGGGCCCAGCCACCCCCGGCUGGACCCUGAGGAGAUCCAGAUGGCAGAUUAUAUCUCCAAGAAUGUGCCAGCCACAGACCAUGUCAUCCGGAGGGAAACGGAGACCACCUUCUCUGGGAGCCACUCCUGUUCUCCUUCUCACCACUGUUCCACAGCCACACCCACCUCCAGCCACAGGCAUGAGAGCCACACGUGGAGCCUGGAACGUUCUGAAAGCCUGACCUCUGACUCCCAGUCGGGCAUCAUGCUGUCAUCGGUGGGCACCAGCAAGUGCAACAGCCCCGCGUGUGUGGAGGCCCGGGCACGGCGGGCAGCAGCCUACAGCCUGGAGGAGCGGCGCAGGGCUGCCGUGCCACCUUACCACGACUCCGUAGACUCUCUGCGUGACUCCCCACAUAGCGAGAGGUACGUGUCAGCACUGACCACGCCCGCGCGCCUCUCUCCAGUGGACUUCCACUACUCGCUGGCCACGCAGGUGCCGACUUUUGAGAUCACGUCCCCCAACUCCGCUCACGCAGUGUCGCUGCCGCCGGCCGCACCCAUCAGCUACCGCCUGGCGGAGCAGCAGCCGCUUCUGCGGCAGCCGGCGCCCCCUGGCCCCGGGCCGGGACCCGGCGCGGACAUGCAGCGCAGCUACGACAGCUACUACUACCCCGCGGCGGGGCCCGGGCCGCGGCGCGGGGCCUGCGCGCUGGGCGGCAGCCUGGGCAGCCUGCCCGCCAGCCCCUUCCGCAUCCCGGAGGACGACGAGUACGAGACCACGCAGGAGUGCGCGCCCCCUCCCCCACCGCGGCCGCGCGCCCGCGGCGCGUCCCGCAGGACGUCGGCGGGGCCCCGGCGCUGGCGCCGCUCGCGCCUCAACGGGCUGGCGGCGCAGCGCGCACGCGCGGCGCGGGACUCGCUGUCGCUGAGCAGCGGCUCGGGUGGCGGCUCGGCCUCAGGCUCGGACGACGACGCGGACGGGGCGCUGGCGGCCGAGAGUACGCCUUUCCUCGGCCUGCGCGCGGCGCACGAUGCGCUGCGCUCGGACUCGCCGCCGCUGUGCCCGGCGGCCGACAGCAGGACUUACUACUCCCUGGACAGCCACAGCACGCGGGCCAGCAGCAGACACAGCCGCGGGCCCCCCCCGCGGGGCAAGCAGGACUCGGCGCCCCUCUAGGGGUCCCCGCCGCCCCGCCGCCCCCCUCCGCCUCGCCUGCCCCACUGUCUUUACGGAGAACAGAGACCACCGCCUGGAGAGAGAAAGGAGGAAAAAAAGAAAUAAAAAUAUUUUUAUUUUCUAUAAAAGGAAAAAGGUAUAACAAAAUGUUUUAUUUUCAUUUUAGCAAAAAUUGUCUUAUAAUACUAGCUAACGGCAAAGACGUUUUUAUAGGGAAACUAUUUAUAUGUAACAUCCUGAUUUACAGCUUCGGAAAAAAAAAAGAAACAACAAAAAAAAAGAGAGAUGGGCCAAUUUUUUGACUCUUUAAUAGAAACCUAUAUUGUGGUGCCUUUUGCUGUACGCUAAUCUGGAGCUCCUGGAGAGAAGUCUGGGUUGUAGGGUGGG